AUGGCGUCGUCCUGGAUCGCCAAGGUCGUCGGCCUAUUGCUCGUCUCGCUCGUGCUGUCCUACGUGAUCAUCCCGUGGGCAAUCGAACGGUUCAGCAAGUUCCGCCUGCGAGUGAAGAAGCUCUCGAUCUUCUCUGCGCGAGGUUUGGAAUGGCGGAGUAAGGCGCACGCCAACGCUGCCGAGCCAGACCUGCGCAUCGAUCAUAUAUACUGGAGUUGGGGAGGAUGCUCGCCGACGAGCAUCGUCACGCUUCACUUUGAUGGGAUUACCGUGCGUGCUCGCAAGCACCCCAAGAAAUCGGGGAAAGAUCAGGAGGUGAGAAUCGGGGCGUCGGGCACCAUACUGACAUUGCAGUCCCACCCGAAGAAGAAGAAACGUCUACCCCCCAAUGUCCAGAGGGUCGUCAACAACCUUGUUCAUAUGGUCGUGCACCAUUGGUCGAGGAUAGCCACGCGGAUUGGGGUGAGCGUCCAGAAAAUCCGUGUCAUCAUGGAGGAUCAUGGCGAGUCCGAGGUCCUCAUCGGUGGCAUAGUGCUCUCCUCUGCUCGCGAGACUUUGGCGCCUCUGCCUCAUCCCAGCGACAAGGACGACCUUUCGGCGAAGAAUUGCCCGAAGACAAAGGAGUCCAAGGGCCACAGACGCCGUGGCAGUCUGGCCAAUUUGCAGAGUAUCCACGACAAGGUGUCCAAGACGGCGUCGAAUCUGUGGUCAUCGGCGGUCGGCUACGGCGUGGACCACGUCGUGUUCACUCUCACGUUGUCCAACGUCGAUGCCGUCCAGCCGCUGCCCAUGUACUCGUCGCACUCUGACAACACCAUUACGACUUCUCUGCCCCAUCUGUCACCCCGCACAUCAACCACCAGCAUGUCCAGCACUAAGAGCGCCCGGACAUCGUCAUUCACAACUUUCGACCCUAUCAAUUCUCUGCUCAACUUCCGCGCCUCUCGAGAUGCAAGGGCUCGUUCAUACGAGAAAAUCGCUGCCAUCGAUACUGCCACUACCGUCAAGGUCAGCGUCGGCUUCGCUGCCAACCAUGAUAUUCUGGCCGAGGACAACAUCCGCGCCGAUGUCCAGGUCGGCACGAUUCACGCCAGCAUCGACGCCCUCGAGAAGGCGCAGAAGAUAAUCAAGGAGAAAACGCCUGUCCACAAGGAGGAUGUCAAGGCCGAACUGCAACAGCCCCAGCACAAGGACACCGAGACGGAACCUGCGGAGGAAAGCGCCAAGAAGCCUGACGAUCAGGCCCUCCUCCGUGCUUCCGAGCGCACGUCUAUCUCGUUCUCCAAGGUCUACGUCUCCCACGCUCUUCCGGUCACCAAGGUUGAUUCCCCUCCCUGCUCCUCGUGCGAGUCUUCCACGGCGGUCGAGGCGUCGGACGCUGGCUCGGCGUUCACGCUGUCGCUCGACUUUACCAACCUCUGUCUCACUGUCUCUGGUACCAACUCCAAUGAGGACCCUCGGUUGCGCAAGCUGUACGGCAAGAACGAAAGCUCCGAGUCUCUGCUCAGAGGCGUGUCUGUUUGCUUGUACUGGACGUCUAUCGAACUCCAGUGCAUCUCGCCCGGUGAAACGAGCAACGAGAAGAUCCAGCUGGUUGCGAUCAGGAAGGCCGAGUUUGAUCUCUUGUCCAGCUGGCGCCCCAUGACGUCUGUCCCGUCCAACCUGUUGUUCGCCGAUGAUCUAAACCAGUUCCUCGUCUACGCGCGUGGCUCCAUUGCCUCCGUCGACGUCGCCACCGAUGUUCAGCUGUGCGAGGAGCUCAUCGCUUCCUGGCGUGCUGUCCACCCGCCCAAGGAGAAGAAGCACCCCAAGCACAAGAAGCACUUUGAUGGCAUUCCCCCUCGCGUUGUCUUCCUCGUGGACAUCGGCCAUAUCUCAAUGGUUGUUGCCAAUCGCGCGGAUGAGAACUCGGCAACUAUCACUCUCGCCUGUGAUGGCUUGACGAUGGGCACACACACCGAGUACAAGACACUGUCGGCAAAGCCCAAAUCGAGCCCCGCCUCAUCAACAGCGACAACUCCGUCUGUCAAUGCCAAGUCUGGACGUUCGGCGCCCAGUAGUCCGACCUCGAUCAAGUCCAACAAUACCUUCCGCUCGACGUCUUCUCGAACGUCGACCACAAAGGUGUCCGCGGAUGAAGUGGACACGUCCAACCAGAUCGGUCCGGAUGACUACUCUUUGGUUCUUAAGGGCGAUGGCUUCGUGAACAUUGACCCAAUUCAACUCCGCCUGUCUCUUGGCUCUCGUAACGAGAGGUCCUUCCGCCUGGCUCACCUGGGACCCGUCAACGGUGAGAUCUUUGGAGACAUCCGCGGUGUCCAGACCGUGGACGAGAAUGGUCGCGACAGGUAUUCUCUCUGUCCCGAGUCUUUCCUCGCCGACGGUGACAUUACUGUCGAGGAGGGGCUCCGCCUGGAGAUCUGGAGCGAGGAGGUUGUUGACGCUAUCCGUCAGCUGGCUGGUUUGCGCAAUCCCAAGGAGCACAACCAAGCCAAGCCAAGUUCUGACCCGCUCAACAAGAUGCCGGUCGGAUUGUCGCUGCGCGCUGAUGUUCCUCUGAGCAUCUUCCUCGGUCACAAGGAGCUCAACCCCGCUGGAGCGAAGCUGGUCCAUGGCAUCUGGCUCACGAGCCACGCCGUUGUCGACUACGCAUCCUACGGACCAAUCAAGAGAGAUGGAAGCUCUACCAAGCUUCCCGACUCGGACGCUCGCAAGCAGCUCGGCCUCUACACGGACAUCAGAACGACAGCUGCCCAGGACGCCAAAGUUCUGAAGGAUCAAAAGGGCCAGUCUGCGCUCUUCGCCUUCACACUUCUCGACACCAACAUCAAGCCGGUUCUGAACGGGUCCAACUUCAUCGAGAAGGGUGGCACGGAUCAGCACAUGCCAGAGGACGAGUACGACGAUGAGUCUCCGCCCGAGCCUGAUCUCGAAUACGCCGCCUGGGGUUUCAAGGGGAACCGAAGGCGCGAGCAGCCUGGUAUUCGCCCGACCAUUCUUCCACCGGCUGAUGUGGCGCCACGCUCGACUGUGCGCCUGCCUCGUCUGUUGAUGAACGCUAGGCUCGUUAAGCCGACCGCCAACGAUGAGUCCUCCGCCAGCGUUUCGGUCCGCAUGGACCUCUUGCACCUUCACAUCAGUGUCGCGGACAUCUACUGCUUCAUGCUCGGUGGCCAGACGCUCAAGGAUAUCGCCGAGCCGUUCAAGAAGCCCAAGCCGGCCGACGGCGAGGUCAAGAAGCACAAGCGAUACGUUAAGGUCGUCUGUCUCAUUCCCAACUUGUGGGCCGACUUUGCGCUGCCCCUGCGUGAGCGCGUCUUCUUGACGUUUAGCAACCUCGGUGUGAACGUUAUUCCGAACGACCCGCUGAAGAUCACCUCGGACUCGGUUCUGCUGUACGUCCAGAGUCGCACCUUCCCCGGCUACUACGAUGAGCUCGGCCUCAUCAAGAAGCUCGACGCUUCCAUCGACUUGCCGGGCAAGGUCAUUGGCAUCAACGCCGAUGCGUUCAGGAUCCGCAUCCCCUACGCCUUUGUCCUGUACCAGCUCAUCUUCAACAUCAACGUCACCAUCAAGACGUGCAAGCUGCUGGCGCACAACUUCAAGUCGAAGCAGUUCUCCAUGAUCAAGAUGCCAGCGAGCGAGCAGCCCAAGUACCUGCCCACGUUCAAGAUCAACGUCGGUCUGUUCCGCCUCGAGUUUAGGGAUCACCCGGUCGAGAACAGACUCAACCUGGCUAACCGCGUCGGUCUCGUCGAGCAGAAGAAGCGUAUCGGGCUGGAGGACAUGUUUGAGCACAAGGUCUCCCUGCUCCGCGAUGAGGAUGUUCGUCCCGUGAACCACCUCACGACCAAUGCCACAGUCUCCGAGGCCGAGGCGCGCUACCGUCUUGACUGGCACAUGUCGCAGUCGUGGAUCAAGCGCAUGAAGCGGGCCACGGCAGAGCAAAACAGACGAGAGGAGGCCAUCAACAGCAAGAUGAAGGUGAAGCGCCCCACGGAUCUUCCCAUCCACAUCCUGCCCCUCGAGCAGACGACGCCGCUAUUCCGAGCGUCGUUCAGUGACGUCAAGUUGACGCUCGCCCCGCCGCCGCUGAGUCGCGACCAGAUCAUCAACUUCAUGAGCAACACCUCCACGCCCUUUGACAAGGACGUGCAGUUCUCGCUCAUGGUGCCCUUCGAGCUGGACUGGACGCAAACCGAGUGUAAGAUAACUCUACGCGACUAUCCGCUGCCGCUCCUUCGUGUUCCGCCGAAGAAGGACGGCACUCCAAGCUGGCACGUCACCACGCUGCUCGUCAUUGCCGAGGAGCUGCCUCAGCAGAACCUCGAGGACACUUGUCUCUUCGUUCCCGUCGAGAUCCUCCCCGCCCAAAGCGGGCACGUCGAUGCGCCCGCGCUGCGCUGCCAGGUCGCCAAGACUAUCACUCCUGUCAAAACCUACGCGCGCCCAAUCUUCUCGAUCACGUCGGACGACCCCGCCACCAUCACGUGGUGCAACUCGUACCAGCCCGGCAUCAGCGAUGUCAUGAAGGUCCUCGACGGCUUCAGCAGUCCUCCACGCGACCCGUCGCCCAAGCCUGGCUUCUGGGACAAGAUGCGUCUAUCCCUGCACUGGAUCACGAAUGUUGAGUUCUCCCACUCACUGCGUCUUCUCCUCAAGGAUCCGUACCAGAUCGACGGCACAGGUGCAGGCUUUGCCCUCGUGUUCCGCUCUCACUGCCGCAUCCAGAUCAACGAACCGAACGACCAACACGAGCUCAUCCAGUUCUUGGCUGAGGAGGCGCUCGUGUCCAUCCCUGAUCUCACUAACUAUGAUGACAAGAGGGCUGUCGGACUGGAUGCGCCGCCUGAAGGUGAAAGCGAUGGCGGCGAGGCUGACAGGCGAUUCAUCGAAAAGCGCAGCAUCAAGCCUUGUGCUCGCUUCCUCAACGGCAUCCGCUUUGGUGUCGGCUUCCGCUUCGAGCGCACCUGUCGCCCGUGGACCUGCACGAAGAACUGUGGUGACACGACCAACCUCUUCCACCGACAGUGCCGUAUCUUCAACUUCAUCCCUCACCAGGCCGUCAGGCUGCGGCGAGCCGAUGUCGUCGAGCACAUGGCAGCGGAAGCCGGUCACCCCAUCGACUCGUACGAAGGGUUCCGCUCUGACUUUAUCCACUUCUCCAUUUCGCUCGAUGCUCCGCGUGACCGUAAUCGUGAGAAGAAUCUCGCCAACGCCGGUGCCGACAACAACAACAGUCUGUACCUCAGUCCCAAGGCGUUUGCGCACUUCUUCGCGUGGUGGCACCUCUUCACCAGCAAGAUCCCUGCGCCCAUCCGCCAAGGUCCAGUCUUCCCCGACUCGCCGCCGCCGUCGAAGAAGUUUGGCAAGUCGAUGGCCACGAUCAAGUAUCGAACAGACUUGUCCCCGGUGUAUGUCCAGCACGGCUACUUCCAGUGGUCGCAGCAGCUGUGGUCGACCGGCCGCGCCGAGCACGUUGGCGUCAAGCUCCGUGUCGACCGCUUCCGUCUCGACGGCCACCAGCGUAUGACAGAGCGUCGCGUCUGGCAAGACAAGCUUCAACGCGUUAAGACCGUCGUUAACAAGCCUUUCUACGCCUGUGACCUUAUCCUCGACGUUAUCCGUCUCAAGGGCAUGGUCUCGACCUUCGACGAGAUGACGACGCUCUGUGCCGAGAACCCGCCACCGGCCGAUAUGCCAAAGGUGCCACAUGCGAGCGAACUGCCUCCUCUCGACCGUCAGUGGUACAGUUGGUUCGACUAUAUCGAUGCCGACCACAAACCCUUUGACCGCAACCCGCGCGUGCUGCUGGUCCAUCUCGGCGACUGCCCGCACGUCUUCCUCUCCCGCCGUGUCAAGGCGCGACUCAUCUCAGCCCACGAAGACCCCGAUGCGCCGCCUAGCGAUCUUGGAGCCACCAAGUUUGGUCAUGAGAAGACGCACAUCUGUUAUCUCGGCGCUGCUAUGGGAGUCGGCCCGAUGCAGUCUGAGAUCACACAGACGCGCAUCAUCCAGCUCGAGGGCGUGCUGUCCAAGCUGCCGCCGCCGUUCGAAGGCGAGCCCGCCAAAAUCACCGACGGCCGUACGCUUGCAGCGCAGAGGAUCAACAUCCUGCAGAACCACAUUGCAGACCUGCGCGAGCGUGAGCGCCGUCACAUGGACGACAACACGUUUAUCCAGGAGCACGACCAGGCAGCACUCGAAGCCGAUGCCAGCGGCGACGUGACGUUCGAGAACACGAUCCACGUGCACUCUCCCCGCCUCUUCUUCAACAACGUCUCCCGCAACCUCAUGUACAAGUACCUGUACUCGAGGCAGAACCGCAGAAAGGAAGAGUACACGGGCUCGUACGAGUCGCUCAAGGGCCUCCGCGACGGCAUGAACAAGCGCAUGAACCGGACGCCAAACGGUCUCAACGCGGACGACUUGCAGCCCGACCCGAACUCUUCGACCGACGCGGUCCAGGAGCUGCAGGAGACGCUCGAGAAGCUCGUCGACAGCAACCAGCCAUCGCUGUACAAGCUCCCGUCCGACUUCUUCAGCGACAAGAACGACCUCCGCCGGCCCGAGCUCGGUCUCCCCGCGGAAUGCACCGUUCACCCGCACUGGCAGGCUGUCAUCCUCAAGCCGCAGGUCUCGCUCCGCAGUACCGCUGACGUGGAGGCUGUCGUGCUGGUCGCGAUGGAGGAGAUCAACUACCGCGACUACUCUGUGCGAGACACAAAGGGCGAGGACCACGUCUCGACGAAUGUUCUCGACCGCGACUUCAUUUCGUUCCAGGGCCUGCAGGCGUUCUACCCCUCGAAUCGCAUUGCCAAGACAAAGAAGGCAGAGGGCAACCCCAACUUCCAGCUCGACUUUGUGCCACUCGAGAUCUUUGUCGACACCAAGUGCGAGGCGAACGACUAUGAGCGUAUUGUCCUUAAGACUGACAUCUCCAUGUCCAUGGACCGAUUCAACCAGCUGCGCCCUCCACGCGGUCUCGAGUGGCCCGAGACACGCAACGAGGCGGGCGAGCUCAUCACGCACUUGCGCAAGCACCAGAACGAGACGUCGAUCACGAUCCCCAUGAUCACCGUGUCCGCGACAUCGGUGCACUACUCGGCACUGUACUAUAUCGUGACCGACCUGCUCCUGUACCGCGACCCGCAGGACGUGCAGCGCUCCGCCAAGAUUGAGAGCUUCCUGUACAAGUUUGACCGACGCGACCGCAACCCGCAGCAGCUGCUGCUCAGCCUCUUCGUGCUCCAGCAGCACAUCCGCAACUUGACCGAGCUUCAGCGCGGAUACGAGAUGAACAUGGACCGUCUUAACGAGAACGGCAAGCGCGAGCUAUUCCAGAUUCGCUCGGAACUGCUGAACGAGUACGAGUCGCUCUUCACCAUCUUUGCCGUCGUCAACGUGAAUCGCUCGCGCGAGCAGGCGCGCGAGAUGCUCAAGACGCUCUCCAAGAUUGACAUUCGCGCCGGCAACGUUGCGUGGCACAUGCUCCGCGACAAUGGCGACCCGCUUCUCAAGCUCAACAUCAAGCAUACGAUUGCGUCCAGGAUUAACAAUCAGGAUGCGUCGUCCGACCAUGCCCUCGUCAUUGGCGAUCUGGCUGCGCUCAACACGAACGCCGACGCCCUCUUCCCCGAGGUCUUCUACCGCACUGCCAUGAAGGAGGUGCCGAAGAGCAAGAGCAAGAAGAAGAAGGACGACGAUAAGGACAAGGACAACGAUAAGCGCAACAGGGACGGAUCAAAGCCAAACAGCUCGGUCUCUAUGGCAAUCUCGUGGGCUCCAGAGGUCGGAGGCAUCAAGAUCGUGCGCGAGGGUACGCUCUUCCUGCACCCGUGCCGCUUCCGUCUCGAGGAGGAGGUCGGCUCGGCCGUCAUGGCUUACAUCUUCCGGCCAAAGAAGGGACAGGAGGAGACGCAGGCCAACGACGGCACGCACAACAUGGAGACGACCAACAUGGGCACGUCCAAGAACUCGAAGAACUCGUCCGACGCCAAGAACGCCAACUCCAAGAACUCGGACGCGGCCAGCCCGCACGAGAGCAUCUCGACGACCGACAACUCUGUCAAUGCGACGAUCAACGAGCGCCUUCGCUGCAAGAGCGCCCUCAUUUCGAGCGAUCGCUUCAAUCAUCGCACCGGGAACCAGAAGAACGGCGACGCUGCGAGCGUGCACGAGUCGAGCCAUGGGCACGGCCACAGUCACACGCAUGGCGGCGACGAGACGGACACGGACGACGAGGACGGCGCCGAGAUGCGCAGUCGUGCCAAGAACAACUUUACGUUCGUCAGUGUCGUCAUGGGCUCGACGACCUUCGUUCUCGACUACAAGCGCGACGACCACCGGAAGCACAACGCGAUCUCCCUCCCCGAAUGUGUCGACUUCCGGUUCGACGUGCCGUCAAUCAACUACGAGAACAAGGUGUGGACGGCUGAGGACCUCGUGAACCAUCUAAAGGUGGACAUCAUGAAGUCGAUGUGGCACCAGCGGUCCGACAUUAUCAAGCAAGUGUUCCACAAGACGUCUAUCUUCCGCUCCAAGAAGGGUUUGCGGCAGAUUGCGGGCAUCGAGACGCAGAGCGCAACGGCGGCGAUGAAGAAGGAGCAGAAGAAGAGCGCGCUUCGGUUCAAGGAGUCGGCCCUCGAGCCACUCGAUAUCGACGACGCGCUCGCUCCGCAGAUCACGCACGACCUCGACCCCAAGAUGCCAGAGCACGGGUCUCGUAGCGUGAGCCCGACGGCAACGGCGAACUCGAGCUCGCGGCACCAGCGCGGCCCCAGUGCCACGUCCGAGCCGAGCAUCCAGGAGGCGUCCACGGCGUCGGAAGACCAGGAUCCCGAUGCCUCGGUUGACAGCUCGACACCCCAAGGCAGUCGGGACAGCUCGACGCCCAGAGACAGCAGAGACGCUGCGAGCGCAAAGGACAGCGCGUCGUCGCAGAAGAGCCACAAGAGCCACGGCCUCGGUUCGUUACUGAAAUCGGGCAUUCGCAAGGUCAAGGACCACGCGCACCACCAUCAUGACAAGGACAAGAACCAGGAUGCUAGUUCGCCGACGAGCGCGUCGUCGCGAUACGCCGAGGACCAGGCCGCACUCGGCGAGGCGGCGUGCAUGCUCGAUAGGGCGGGGGCCGAAGAUCUGACGCCGCCGCUGGAGGAUGCGCCUCGUGCCCCGCAGGCGGGCUAG